AUUUUGUUUUGUUUUUUUUUUUUUUUUUAUAAAAAUAAUAUUCUUGUUUGUUUUUAAGACUAGUACUGUGGGUGUACUUCCUACCCUUCCCCAUUUUCCAGUUUUCUGGGACUCCAAAUCACUCUUAAAUCCUCCACUAUAAUCUCUCCCAAAAAUCAAUUGCAUAAUCUUACAUUUUGACCCAAUUAUCAUCACAAAAUUCCCAAUUACUCCUCAAAUUUUCAGGGAUUUCAUCAAUACCCUGAACCCUCUCUCUUCUUUUUAGGGUUCUAUUGAUUUGCUAGUUAAUCUGUAUUCUAUCCUGUUAUUUCCAUACCCUAUUCCAAAUUUCAGCUACCCAAAAUAUAAAUUCCCCCCUUUCAAUCGAAACCUAAUCCAAUUGUAUUGAAUUUCCCUUAAAAUUGCUUAAAAACCCUUUUCUUUAAUACACCCAAUUAUAUUGGAUUUGAUCAAAAAUGCUGUCUACAUCGAGCUCAUAUAUGUUUCCUUUACCUUCAUAUAAUGUGUAUACUCGUUCUACUAUAUUUUCUGGUACAAUUGUUUCCAAUAUAUCCAAUUCUUGGGGUUUUAAGCAGAGGAAAAUCAUUUGUUCUUGUAUGACACCUUCAAGAAAUGUGAACGAGGGUUUUUCCCCUUUUAAAUUGAGUGAUUCUUCUGAUAUGAAGAUUAUUAACUCAAUUGAUGAACCCGAGGAUGAUUCGGAUGUGCUUAUCGAGUGUAGAGAUGUGUACAAGUCAUUUGGAGAAAAACACAUUCUAAGAGGUGUAAGCUUCAAGAUCAGACACGGGGAAGCAGUUGGAAUAAUUGGACCUUCUGGUACUGGAAAAUCCACCAUAUUAAAAAUUAUUGCUGGACUUCUUGCUCCAGACAAGGGUGAGGUCUAUAUUCGAGGGAAACAGAGAGAAGGAUUGAUCAGUGAUGAGGAGGUCUCAAUAUCUGGCCUUCGUAUUGGCUUGGUCUUUCAAAGUGCUGCAUUAUUUGACUCUUUAAGCGUGCGUGAAAAUGUUGGUUUCCUUUUAUAUGAAAAUUCUAGUAUGCCGGAUGAUAAAAUUUCUGAGCUGGUAACUGAAACUUUAGCCGCAGUAGGACUGAAGGAUGUUGAGGAUCGGUUACCUUCUGAGUUAUCGGGAGGGAUGAAAAAACGAGUUGCCUUGGCUCGUUCUAUCAUAUGUGAUGUCACAAAAGAAACUGUAGAACCUGAGGUGCUUUUGUAUGAUGAACCAACAGCUGGACUUGAUCCAAUUGCAUCAACUGUUGUUGAAGACCUGAUCCGUUCUGUUCAUAUUAAAGGUGAAGAUGCUGUUGGAUUGGCUGGAAAGGCUGCAUCAUAUAUAGUUGUAACUCACCAACAUAGUACUAUCCAAAGAGCAGUUGAUAGGCUGAUUUUCUUAUAUGAGGGGAAAAUUGUUUGGGAAGGACUGACACAUGAAUUUACUUCCUCAACUAGCCCCAUUGUUCAGCAGUUUGCAUCAGGGAGUUUGGAAGGACCGAUCAAAUAUUAGCAAAGGCUUUUUGGAAAACACAAGUUUGUUACAAGGGAUGUCAAAUCAUAAAAAAAGGGUGUUGUCUGUUAGAGAAGAUGCUGCCAUUGUGUGAUGGGUCUGUAUAAGAUGGGGUGCUCUACAAAUAGAACAGUGCAAGGUAACCUGAAUUCUUGGAAAUGAGAAUGGACUGAAGAUUGCUUGAAGUCUCGCUCCUAUUUUUAAAGAUGCUGCCUUUACACAGCUUUGGUAAUCAACAUGAAGGAUUGGAAUCAAAGUCAAGAAUAAUGUAGUUUCGUGUUCCUUUGGGUAGCCACGCUUGCAAUCAAGUCAUAUGUGCCUGUUCCUGUGAUCUGCAUAUAUUACUGGUCACACAAUCUCAUUCUUUUGUCAAUUUGAAUGUUAAUUUUUGGGCUAUUUAGGGGGGUGGGUGGCAUUGUAGGGAAGCAUUAGGCUUGUAGUCUAGGAAGUAGGAACUGAUUUAGCUUCCUUGAGUUACCUACUUACCUUAGCCCCUGAUGUCUUGAAUCUCAGCAAUCAAGCCUCGUAAUAAUUCAGUAAUCUUCAGAAUGUAUGCAAUUUUGCAAAAGCUCAAAGAGUGUAAAUUUACAGGUUUAUCAGUCAUGAGAUACAAGUAAUGCUCCUUUUGUCCCUCGACAUGCCACAUUUCUGUUUUAAGUUGUCCUGAACUAAGUUUACUUUCUGGAUUUGGUAAGUCAAUUUCCAAUGUUCUUCAAAAAAAAAAAAAAAAAAAAA